UGCGCAGGUGUGAGCAGACUGCUGAAGUUAAAGAAGGAUCUAAAGAACAGAUCAGUUCAAUCUCAGAGCGUCUGGUGAAGGAUCGGAGGAUGCCACGAGCGUUUCUGGUCAAGAGGAAACAGGCCGCGGGUGCCGGAUGGCAGUGGAAAGAACCGGACUCCUGCAUCAGUGCCACGUCAGCUGUACAGACACACAGUGACGCUGAUCUAGAGUCAGUUCCCGACACCACUCUUCAGUCUGUUCAUAAACGCACACCUGCUCUGGAGUCAGUCCGUGUUUCUCGUACUGUUGAUUAUGGGAUGGAGAGAGCUCAACCUCAGCAGGCGCCUCAGAGUUCUCUUCCUCCUCCUCGUCCUCCUUCUGCUUUAACAUCAGCACCACAGAAUAAGGGGUGCGAAUCGGCCGCUGUCUCCGAGUUUCUGUGUUCUGUAUGUCAUAAAGUGUUUCCUCUGCAGCGCAUGUUGACGCGUCACCUCAAGUGUCACAGUCUGAUAAAGAGGCACCCGUGCAGAUACUGCGGGAAAGGCUUCAACGACACCUUUGAUCUGAAGAGACACAUGAGGACUCACACAGGUAUCCGCCCGUACCGGUGUGAGCUGUGUGAGAAAGCGUUCACCCAGCGCUGCUCUCUGGAGUCGCACCUGCGGAAGAUCCACGGUGUCCGGCAGCAGUACGCGUACCGUCAGCGCCGCUCCAAGAUCUUCGUGUGUGAGGACUGCGGCUUCACCUCCAACCGUCCGGACGAGUAUUUCCUGCACAUGCGCCAGCAGCACCCGAGCAGCCCGGCGCUCCGCCGCUACUACCGCAAACACAUGCUGGAGACCCCCGCACAACACGGCAUCCGCCCGUUCAUGCUGUACCCCGCCCCGGGACUCUACAUGUGAAUCUCCGCCGGAACUUCAUCCACGUGUCCACACUGACCUGUUUAUCUGUGUGUUUCUGUACUCUCUCUGAUAACACAUUUUACAUGGUGAUAUAUUUACAGAACAUUACAUAUUUAAUGUUUCAAGCUGAUGUGUGUCAUUUUCUCGAUGCCAAAUUUCCCUCCUACCCCAGUUAAAUAGACAGACAAUUAUAAAUAAACCAUGAAUAUGUUGAUAAUCCCUGAAAAGUGUAAACACUGCGGCACUUCCAAUAUGGCUUUGUUUAACCCUUGUGCGACCUUCGGGACAUUUGUGUCUUUCUUUUUUCCAUUUUUAUUUCUCGAUCAUUUUGGCUGUUAAUGCAAACGCCAUACAUUUAUCCAGAGGUGUGUAUUUUGAGAGAUUUCUUUUACAACACAUCUAUAACACACUGUGUACACAAAAUAGUUACUCUCAGGACCUUCAGGACAAAAAUGGCUCCAUUGAACCCCAUUAAAACUGCAAUAUUAUCUUUCAUUCCUGGCUUCAAAAUUUAAAUGUUUUAUAUUUUCCACCAGAUGGCGCCAUUUUCCUCCUGUUUCUCCUGUGGAGCAAAUACAAGCUUUUCCCCUAUUCACUGUUUACUGUAUUAUAGAGACCUGCAGGACAACUGAAUACAUGAUGCAGAUACAAGUGUGUGUGUGUGUGUGUGUGUAUAUGUGUGUGUGAGUGAGUGUGUGUGUGUGUGUGUGUGUGUGUGUGAGAGUGUAUGAGAGAGUGUGUGUGUGUGUGUGAGAGAGUGUGUGAGAGUGUGUGUGUGUGUGUGUGUGUGUGAGAGUGUAUGAGAGUGUGUGUGUAUGUGUGCGCAUGUGUGUGUGUGUGAGAGAGAGUGUGUGUGUGUGUGUGAGAGUGUAUGAGAGAGUGUGUGUGUAUGUGUGCGCAUGUGUGUGUGUGUGAGAGAGAGUGUGUGUGUGUGUGAGAGAG